CCGAAGUCCGAAACGCGGAGACGAGGAGAUGGGCCCACCACCGCACCAUUAUAGCCAUUUCGCUCCUCACUCGAUCCCUGAUCGCUGGCCGGGCGCGAUCUCCAUUCCAAAAUUGCAAGUGUGAAAUUUCCCGAUUUUCCGAAUUGAAAACAAUUCCUAUAUUUGCGAUUUUCCGUUUGAAUUCGCUCGCUCGAUCGUUUGCGGCCCAUUAAACCGAACUGGUCCGUAAGCCAUUAAUUCCGCCGUACAGUUCAGUUCCGUUCCCCAUGGCCGCGACCGGUCCCAUUUCCCAAUCCCCACGGCGUCAGCCGGAGCCCAAAUUCCCGGCCGCAAUGCCGCGGAGGGCGAGCACGGUCAGCUCCAGUCCGGCAGUGGCAGUGCCCAAAUCCCCGGACGGACUCACCGCUCUGGUGGCCAGGAAGAGCAUCACGUCCAUGUCGGACGAGGAGAUCAUUCAGGAGAACCUCAACGAGAUCCUCGACCUCAAGUCGCGCGAGGAGCGAAAAGCCAACGGACGCCUGGUGGCCGUCAUCGUCUGUUUUCUGGUGCUCUUCCUGGCCGUCUACCACGCCUGCGUCCGGAAGUCGGAGAACUCGCUGGCGGGCGUUCUGGUUCCGGCCGGCAUCAUGCUCUCCUACGGCGCCUGGGUGGUCGUCCUGGCCAAGCGGGACAAGCACCGGCGGGCCAUGUUUGAGCGGCACAUCGAGGAGGUGGCCCUGAAGAACAAAAUCGAGCUGGAGGAGAAGCACGCUCGCCACGCGAAGCACUCGCAUUCCCAUCCACACCCACAUCCACAUCCCCGUCCACAUCCUGGCCAGUCCGGCACGGACUCCACGGGCAGUGCAUCGAGCACGUUGCACUAUGUGAAUGAGCUGCUCCCGAAUGGCGAGCACCGCAAGAAGCAGCGACGCCACCGCCACAAGGAGCGGCCCGGUGACCGGGAGGAUCACCAUCAUCAUCACCAUCAGGUCCCGGAGAUCGGGGUGCAUCGUGGAGCACCCAAGAGGCCCAGUUUCCGGCAGAAGCUCUUCGGCCAGACCAUCGCCCAUGUGAAGCUGGUGGAGGCCCAGAGCGACAGCACGGACUCCGCCGGCGGACCAGGUCCGGGUCUGAGACCCACUCCCACUCCCAAUCCCAAUCCCGUCGAGAAACGCCAGCGGCUACAGCGCCUGGACACGCUGCCGCUGCCGCAGGUGGUGCGAGUCAACUCGGAGCCGUAGAUCUGGGUACUUUGGGUUUUUUGGGGUCGGAGGGCUGGCCUCGCCAUUGUAUCGCGUAAAUAAAUGUAUUAUA